AUAUCCCCGCCUCGCCUCGCCGUACCCUUCCCCAGAUUCCUAAACCCCAACACGAACGGGCAGCGAAAAUGGCCGAACCUAACGGGGUCACGGCGGACACGGACGCAGCUCCAAAUCCUCCACCACCCGCAAAUAACGAAACUUCGACUUCACAACCUCCCAACACACAGGGAGAGACAAAGUCCUCCGAUAAUACAAACGGCAAUAUGGAAGCCCCCGGGUCAAAAAGGCCUCGGGAUGCGCGCAUCAUUCAUCUUAUUCUUUCCUCCCUGGGCGUAACCUCCUACCAAGAGCGAGUCCCGCUAAUGCUCAUGGACUUUGCUUACCGUUAGUGGCGAUUUUAGUCUUCCGUUCCGAUCAUCAUCCUCGUUCUGAGUUCGCUGACGCUCGCUAUUCUCUCCCUAUUGGGUCGGUGCAGGUUACACAUCCUCUGUUCUUCAGGACGCGCUUCUAUUCUCCGAUGCGAUUAAUGGUACGGCCAACACCGGCGGUACCAAUCCCCCUGCCACUAUUACAAUCCAAGAUCUUCGCAUGUCGGUCGCUUCUCGAAUAAACCAUCAAUUCAACACCUCGCUACCAAAGGAGUUCCUGCUGGAGAUUGCUCAGGAACGGAAUAGGGUUGCGCUGCCUACCGUCGGCAAGGAAUUCGGUGUUAGGCUUCCCCCCGAGAAGUACUGUCUCACCGGCAUCAAUUGGGACUUGUCGGAGACCCGUGAGGACUGGAUGAAUGAGUCGGAUGAGGAACCCGAGGCGAGCGGUGCAAUGGUUGAUGCACCCGGUGAGAGGAUGGAAUUGGAUGUGCUCGGCAGCGGUGGUCAAGAUGGCGAUUCUCUUAUGCUAGAUGCUUAAUGGCCGGAAGAGAGGGGAGGGGUGUAUUUGAUAUAUUUGAACGGUUCGGGCUCGUUUGUUAUACAUAAAAAACGGCGUUUUAGGGAUAUUUUCUUAGUGUAAACCCAUUAGUUCUGCUCGAGAGCAAGUAGAUUAACAACCACCAUCGCACCAAAAACGUAAUCUGCACCUUGGUGAAGUAGCGAAUGUAUACAAUACCAAUUGCACAGCCAACUUUCCCGAAGCCCUCUCACCACCUCUAAUAUACAAUGCACCCCUCAAAAUACACAUGUUAAUUACACAAUUUCAAGAUAAAAAACGCCAACACCCAACAAAAAAACUCACCUGUUCUAACCCCGACCCGUCAUUCCUCCUUCCCCUCCACACGCCCAC